CGCAGCAACGCGGGGGCCCCGCACCUCCUCGCCCUCCGCCUCCUCCUCCUCCUCCGAAGAAGGAGAAAGAAGGAGAAGCCGCCCCCGCCGACCGGCAGGCCCCGCCGCGCGCGCGCGCUCCGACCCGCCGCCCCCCCUCGCGAACACCCCCCCCGGGGGCCGCCCCCUCUGCCCCCGCGGGCCAAGGCCUGACUAGGCCCCGAGGAGCCUCCGAGGGGAGGGAGGGAGACUUAGGCCGGCCGUGAGGGGGGGGGAAAUCCCUUAAAAAUUUCGGGGGGGCAUUUUGACCCUCUUUUUGAGGGGGGGAGAGGAAGAAGAGACCCUAACGAGGGGGGGGGCUCUGUUGUUUUUGUUGUUGUUAUUAUUAAUUGCACUUAUUUUAUUUCCCGCCCUCCUGUCGCGGUAGGCCGCGACUCCUAGGAGUGGAUUUGUACGGCUACUUUAUAUUCCCCUUUUCCCCCUUAAUCGUUAUUAUCUUGGGGGCGCGGGAGGAAAAGGGACGCGCGCGCCUUUUUUGGGAAAUCCCUCUCCUCACACAAACACAGGGCAGUGUCAAGAUGGGGGUCUUCCCCUAUUUUUCUUCAAACGAUUCCCCACCCCCCGGCUUUCUUUCCAAAUCCUCCUUGAUUUUGGACGUGGAGAUGAGGCGGCCUCCUGAUGAAAUUCAAAAGGAUAAUUCAAAGCAGCCAAGAACAGCCUCCCCCUACUGUCUCUUCCCCCCUUAAAUAGGGACCCCCCCUUCUUUUGUCCACCUCCCCAUUUUGAGGAAUAGGGUGCAUAAGGUAGUGGGUGGAAAGCAGUAACUUUGAAGAAUUUGUCUGCCCCCACCCCUUCUUCUUUUCUUUAUUGGAGGCCAGAGACUUAAAAAAAAAGAUUUUCUGUCUUCUUGCACAAAUAGGAAUUUUAAAGUUGAAAGGUGGGGCAAACCUAUCCUAAAUAAAUACAUUUAAUCUAUUGAUAAGAAGGGAGGCAGUCACCAGGUGUUUUUUGUGGUGGCGGGGGGGGGGGCAUAGGAGCCCAGCCUAAUCUCUAUUGUUGGGAUUCCUAACAGAAGUGCAAACUUCUGUCUCAAGCUGAUUCCCCCCCUUGAUCCCCCAGUCAUUGAGAAGGAUGGGCCCUUGCAUGCUCUGUAAGAAAAAUAAUGUGUACUAUGUACACAACUGAGAUUUUGACAAUUGAACGGUGUAUAAAUUCUGUUAAAUAAAUAUAUUUCUCCUGGGUUCUGGUUAUAUGCAGACUUGCAUCUUUUUAAUGUUUAAAUGCGCCCACCCCAAUCCCUUUGGACAGUGUAGCAGGGGACCAUAGUGCAGGUGCCUGAUCUAUUCCCGCAGUCUUUAUCUGUCCCUCAGUGUGUGUGUGUGUGUGUGUGCGCGCACCGUUUACCCCUUGACUGGUUGGCAUGGAAGGAGGAGUCCCUGUUUGCCUGAAGAAAUGCAGGGUGCUCUGUCCAGGGUGAGGAUCCUUGCAAGAGAGCCAGUCUGUAUUCUUAGACAGGGAGGAGAUGGAUUCCUUAGACAGCUCUCGUUCCUGGAAAUGGGUGGAUUAAGGCUUGGAAGUCUUUGCAGCUCUGGUAGGGAAUGCCAGGAAAGCUCAUGGCUCAUUGGCUGUGCUAAGGAAGCAGAGCCUGCUCUAGCGAAACUGUCAUUGCUCAACUUGCUGCUGUAGCUUCCCCAAAAAGCAGGGUGGAGGAGGCAGAACUUGUGGCCCUCCAGUUGUUGGACUACAACUCCUAUCAUCCCUGACCUAUUGACCAUGCUGGCUGGGAGUUGGAGGGCCAAAAUCUAGAGGGACACAGCUUCCCCAUCUCUACCAGUGAGGGCCAAGAUUGUUGCCCAGUUCCCUUCCAUAUUAGGACCCAGGCACUGGAGGAAAAGGCAGAUCUCUCACUGGUUCUUUCAAUAUGUCCAGGGACCAGCACAGCCUUAAGCACCCUGCAGUUCAGGAUCUGGAUCACAGCGUUGGAGAUGCCUUUAGUUUGUGCAUUUAGUGUCUUGCAAGUGCCUUUCAAAAAGGAGUGCUCCAUUCCUAUCCUAGACUUCUUUCUUUCUUUCUUUCUUUCUUUCUUUCUUUCUUUCUUUCUUUCUUUCUUUCUUUCUUUCUUUCUUUCUUUCUUUCUUUCUUUCUUUCUUUCUUUCUUGUUCUUUCCAAAUUCAGUGACUUUUAGGGAGAUGUUUGAUGUGUGGAGGGGCUGUUGGGUUUUUACCUCCACGUUAGCUAUGUCUCAGAAGCAGGUGAUGUAUGAAGAGGUAGAACAGGGGUGGCCAACUUCCAAGAGACUGCAAUCUACUCACAGAGUUAAAGACUGGCGGUGAAGUUGCUGAGCUUUUUUUAGGGAGGAGGAAAGCCCCGUUUUGGGGGGGGGGUGCAGGGCAAAAGUUUUGAGCUUUUUUCUAGGAGAACCAAACUUGUUGAGUUUCUUUGGGGAGAGCCAGUGAUCUACCACUGAUGUUCAGUGAUCUACUUGGAUGUGCCUGGGGUAGAAAUUUUGUCUACCAACCCCCUUCCGAAACUGUGUCUGGAGGAAUGAGCCAAGUCUCAAAGUUGCUGUAGGAGAGGAGCCGCUUGUCAGGGGAAGUUGCAGACUGCCUAUCCUUUGCAUAUCAAUAGAAACUGGGUGUGGUGGAGUUCCUUUUAUCUAAUGCGGGCUAGGCUUUGAACUGUGCAGAGCUGCAAGGGCACUGGAGAAGAGAGGGGGGGGGAUGGCUUCUUCCCCAGACCUAUGGUUAUGUGGGAGUGGUUUGAAUAGAACUUAGUGCAUUUAACACAACUUGGGUAAGAAGUGUACGGCGGAAGCUGUAGUGCAAUUUGUUUGAAAGUUAACCUCUGUGUACCAAUUUUUCUGGUGUUGUCCUGGAGGUCAGAGACUUGUGCAGAUAUGUACAGGACUUCUGUUUCAGUGUAUCUGAAGAAGUGUGCAUGCACACGGAAGCUUAUGCCCAAAACAAACAGAUUUUCUCUAAGGUGCUACUGGACAAAAAUUUUAUUUAUUCAUUUUAUUUAUUUUGACUGCAUCAGACCAAAGCAGCUACCUACCUGAAUCUAGAUAUGUAUGAUACUUCGGUUCCAUUUUGUCUGGCAUAUGCAUUUGCAUUUUGUCUGGCAUAACUUGCAGUGUUAGAAACUCAGAGAUAUACAGUAAUCUAAUUGCCCAGUGGCACCUUAAACCUGGGUUAUGGUUGCCACAAUGGAAUGUCUAGGUGCCUUUUAGGUGUCAAUGGAAUGUCUAGGUGCCUUUUUCCCCCAAUGAAGUUUUUUUUAAACAAAUAUUAUUGAUUUCAUUUCUAUACUACUUUAUACUGUAUUUUAAAGAACAACUUUCAAAAGUGGUUUGCAACAUUUUAAAACAUCAAAUAAAACAAUCCAGAAUAAAACAAAUUAAAGCUUCAAGGAAAAUAUUCCAGAUCCUUCUCUAAGUGACAUUUUGCUUUCCCCAGUCACCAGCCUGGCAUCCAGAGAUCCCCACAUGGUCAUUGUAGGACCCGUGUCAGUCGCAAAACACACAUGGUGCCUGACUAAUUUCUGUCAUUGGGCAUAAGACACUGGGAGGGACACCAACACUAGCCCUCUACACCGGAAGAGAGAAGCUGGGUCAGUCGCUUGUAGCUGCAACUUUGUACAGUGCAUCAAGGUGCAAAGAAUUUUUAUCCUUGUUAGAAUUGCAGCCCCCCCCCCGCCCCCAGUUUCAAGAGGGAAACAGUGACAGUAAAACUGGUUUUUAAAUAGGUUUCUUUGAUAUACAGAGGACCCUUAGAAAGUGUUAUCUGGAACCAGGAAAAUUCAUCUUCUGUUAUAGAAUCAUAGAGUUGGAAGAGAGCGCAAGGGCCAUCCAGUCCAACCCCCUGCCAAGCAGGAAACGCCACAAAUUAUCCCAGAAGGAUAAUUUCUCCCUGUGCUUUUUUCUUUCUUUCCUGAAAUUGUCAGCAUUUGUUUUGGUGCAUUCAUGUUUCAAAGUGGAGUGGAGCUUCUGUGUCUGCAGUUUCUACUUCUCUUUAGGCUUGCUUCAGACAAGACUCAUUUCAUACAAGGAAGUAACUGUGAAACCGCUGCUUUAAAUUGGCUCAUGCAGUGUGAUUGUAAGCAUUUUGCCUGAAAGCAAGUCUCACUGCUACUUACUGCCUUGAUCCCCACACAUGAUCCUCCUACACAGGGUGCUUUCACAUAUCCUUGCUAUCAUUCAGUUCUUUCCCCCCCACCUAAAACGUGUAGAUAAAAUUUCUGCAAGAAGAAAAGAGGUGUGUGCAUGCAAUACACAUAAACAGUUAAUUUACAUAACUUAAAGCAAAUGUUUUUGACACACAAAGUGAAUGCUGUGUCAGUAGAGAUACAGGCUAGAUCUAGACCAGGGGUAGGCAACCUAAGGCCCAUGGACCUGAUGCGGCCCAAUCGCCUUCUCAAUCUAGCCCACGGACAGUCCGGGAAUCAGCGUGUUUUUACAUGAGUAGAAUGUGUGCUUUUAUUUAAAAUGCACCUCUGGGUUAUUUGUGGGGCUUGCCUGGUGAUUUUACAUGAGUAGAAUGUGUGCUUUUAUUUAAAAUGCACCUCUGGGUUAUUUAUGGGGCAUAGGAAUUGGUUCUCCCCCCCCCAAAAAAAAAUAUAGUCCGGCCCACCACAUGGUCUGAGGGACGGUGGACCGGCCCACGGCUGAAAAAGGUUGCUGACCCGAUCUAGACACACCAAAGGAAACAGAUGGAGAAAAAACAGGACUCCUCAUCUCCAUCUGGUGGCACAAUGUUACAUUGCAUAUACAAUGCAUUUGUUGUUGUUUAGUCCAGUGUUUUUCAACCACUGUUCCGCGGCACACUAGUGUGCCGCGAGAUGUUGCCUGGUGUGCCGUGGGAGAAUUACUUUAUAUAUAGUCAAUAUAGGCACAGAGUUAAAUUUUUAAACAUUUUCUAAUGGUGGUGUGCCUCGUGAUUUUUUUCAUGAAACAAGUGUGCCUUUGCCCAAAAAAGGUUGAAAAACACUGGUUUAGUCGUUUAGUUGUGUCCGCUUUUUCUUUACUAGUCUAGCUGAGUCCACUGUGAUCUAUAGACUAUUACAGUGUUGGGCCAGAGCAAGAGAAACACAUUCAGAUCCCCUGAACACUCAAGGUUCAGAAAAAGGCAAGCCAACAUGAUUAGGGGGGUGAAGCGAGCAACCCCUCCAUAGGAAAAGACUGGGCCUUUUUCGUUUAGAGAAAAGGUGAAUAAGAUGGGACAUGAUAGAGGUGUAUAAAUUUCUGCAUGGUGUGGGGAAAGUGGUUAGAGAAAAGUUUUUAUCCCCCUUUCAUGCUAUUAGAACCCAGAGCGACCCAGUAAAGCUGAAUAGUGGAAGAUUCAGAUCAGGCAAAAGUCACUCAUACAGCACAUAGAUAUUGGGAAGAAGACAAACCAUAAGCCUGUGUUUGCACAUAACACUAAGCCAAACUAUAGCUUAGCUCCAGGUAGAGCAUCGGGAACAGCAGAGGAGUGAAGUGGCUGCGGUUUUUCAUCUCUGACAGAUAUCUGCAGACGUAUUCAUUCUUGCUAAACUUUAGUUUUGACUUGACUUAGUUAUAGAUGAACCAGACCACAGUCUCGGGUCAAUCCACUUCUCAGAAAUGCUCCGAGCUUGGCAGUAGGAUGAAAAUAGAAAUGUAGCCUAAGAAAAAUAACCAGAAUUUAAUGGAAGUAUCUGCCCACACUAGAAUUCCAAUUAACGUUUUGUGAUAAAAGCAAGAGUCUUCUAGUAGUACAGUCAUACCUGGUUGCGUUUGCUUCAUGUUGCGGAUUUUCGGGUUGCGAACGUGGCGAACCCGGAAGUGUACACUUCCAGGUUUCGCCGCACACACAGAAGUGAUCUGUGCGCUUCACAGAAGUGCUGUAUCGUGCAGUAGCGGCACUCUACAGACUUUUUGGGGUGUGAAUGGCACCCCAAAACAGAUCACGUUCGUAAGUAGAGGUACCACUGUAUAGCAAAUAAGGACGGUGGUGGGAGAAAAAUCAGUUACAUUUAUUGUUCAUAAUUCUGUUAUAUUGGGGGGAAAGAAAUACUUAAUGGUACGGGAGAAACGUGUAGAAAUCAAAGGGUUGCUUACGUGAUUUCUCCAUAGCAUUGAGAGUGUUGUAAUAAGCAGGCCCUGCUUCCAGAAAAUGGAGAUGAUUUCUUUCCCCAAUCUAAUCUUUUAAUCUCUUUGGCUCCUUCCAUCUUCUGUUAUGGUCUGCACCAUUCAGUAUGUUAGCUAAAGGGGGUAUACUUUUGCUUUUAACUUUUGUCUUACCAUUGCUCUACCCAUCCAUAAUACUUUUGCUAUUCUCCUGUUUCCAGUGCCAUUGUGGCCACCGGUCUCCCAAGCCUGAGUGUGGUGUUCCAGCAUAGCAUUUUAAUCUCUCACGCUUGCACCAUCACAAAUAUCAUGAAGCUGGCAGAGGACAGGGCACAACAACCCCAAAUCAACAAGCUGCGCAUAUAAAAGAAUCUGUGAACGGAACAGAAUUCAGGGGUUGCUUUGGCCCCCAAGUCUGCCAUGGAUUCCUGAACUUGCACAUGAAGUCUGACCACUGGUUUAUUUAGCCCAGUAUUGUCUACUGUGGCAGCAGCACUUAAGGGUCUUAGGCAGAGAUCUUUGCCAGCUUUGCCAACAGAUGUUUUAAAAUGAGACCUUCCACCACUAAGCUUUGUCCCGCUGCUAACAUAGGCCAUGACAGCUUGUCACAUACUUGGUCUGAUUCCACAUGCUUCCCCCACUAAUGAGUUUUAGGCAUAGUUUUGGGCUUCCUAGUUGAGUAACAUCCAGGUCCAGUGUGUGUGCUUUUUACUUGCUUGCUAUGAUGCCACAUUCCUGUCUAGCUUGGAGUAAGGGGUACAGACAUCCUCCAGAGAUGUGUUGAGUUUCCGAGUGGGUUCACCCCACCCCCAGUAUGUGGCUAAGGAGCUACAGGCUAGCCUUGUGUGUGUGCCUAUUCAAGGGUUAGUACACAUUUAUACAUUAUAUACAGGUAUAUAUAUACACACAAAAAAUUUUGAAGAAAAAAAUUAUACAUAUAAAACAAAAUGAUGCCAAAUAUUAAAAUACAGAGUUCUUUCGAACCCUUAGACCUCCUUCCCUCCCUCCAUGGGUUCCAUUUUUAAGAUUAAAUUUACUGCAUCUUUUACCAUUAUCUAUUAUAUAACUAUAAUUACCAUUUAAAAAUUCCACAUUACAAGUGUCUUUACAUCCCUGCCAAAGAUUUUACCUGUUUACAGUGAUCUUUUAAGUAAAUUACACAUUUACUCUCGUCUUUAGAAAAUACCUGAUCUUCCUGGUUUUGGAUCUUCCCCGUCGGUUUUGCGAUUUCCGCAUACUCCAUUAGUUUCAUCUGCCAUUCUUUUGUUGGUAGUUCUCCUUCCUACCAUCUCUGGGCUAGUAGCAUUCUCGCUGCCGUUGUUGCGUACAUAAAAAGUCUUUUAUCUUCUCUUGGGAACUCUUCACCUAUAAUACCUAAUAAAAAGGCUUCUGGUUUUUUGACAAAUGUAUUUUUAAACAUUUUCUUUAACUCAUUAUAUAUCAUUUCCCAGAAAGCCUUUACCAAUAUACGUGUCACCACUGAGUUAAGUGAGAUUUCAUACGAUUGCAGCCUAAGUUCAUUCCCACUUUACAUCUUAAGCAGUCAUUGUUGCAACCCUUUAAGAGUCACAGCUCCUUAAGGUCAUGUCACCAACAUAAUGCUAAGGACCCACCUGUCAAUGCAAGGAUUUAUGCUUUUGCAACAGGACUUCUCCCCACCCCACCCCCUAAAUCUGCUCUAGGUUCCCCCCACCAACCCUCCCGAGCAGAUUUGAGGAGGGCAGGGAGAGGACAACUGAAUUGCACAACUGGAAAUCCUUGAGGAGUGGUUACUUGGCACUACUUUGGAUAUAACCCCGAGCUAUGAAUCUGGAAGAGCUGUGCUACUGUCUUGCACUGUGACUGACAGACAGGCUCCCUGUCCUGCAAAUUCAGGAAAUCUGUGAAAGACUUAACAAAUCUUGUGUCCAGGUGCACAUGUGUGAGAAUCAAAAAUGUCAUAGAGGAGUUCUUUCUGACAAUGGUGACUGACAACUACUAUGUCAAAGUACAGCUCAGUGCACAGAUUGUUAGUCAUUGCCUCGUGUUCCGCUGCAAACAGCUUGAGCCCAACGCCUCUCAGGAUCAUCAAUUUCCAUCUCCCCCUUCUUGGGUUCUGGCUAUGAUAUCCUUAUAAGAGAUGAGAUCAGAUAGGAAAGAAGCAGGCAGAUCUCAAGGCCUCAUCAGUGCUGGCCUCUCUACUCUGGAAGCAUGUUAGCAAGAAGAUAAACCACAACCUGCUCCUAUUUAUUUUUGGAGGAGGAAAUAAUGGAACGCAUUUCUCUUUCCUUGAGCCUUUGGUUGGGCUCUUUUUAGCCUUCCCAGCUGCACUUCCCUGGGAUCAGACCCACUUCCUACAGAAACCUCUUCCUUGCAAUGUCAGAGAUCAGUGCCUGAUAAAGGAUGGCUGGGUGGGUGUGUUGGGGCUCCUUUCACCAAGUCCCCCGUUCUUUCAGUGUUUGUCGCUUGUUCAGCUGGUACAUGCAAGUACAUAUUAUAUGGCUGCCUUUCUCUUUGCGGAGUGACAAUUGUUUUAAAUUGCAUGGCUGCCCUGAAUCAAAACCUGUCUUCAGGCAAGCAGCUCAGAGCACUUGCUAAUGAGAAUUCUUUCUGAUGCCAAAAUCCAACAGCCAUUUUGCUGUUAACUUAUUUAAAACAAAGAGCUGCUUUGUAUUCCCCUCUCCUUUUUGCUACCAGCCCGGACAGACUGUUUUUCUUCUUUUUCAAGACUGUGACUAUCUUCUUUUAAAAUACUGUACAGUGCUACCUCUACUUACGAAUAACUCUACUUACGAAUGUUUCUACUUACGAACAGAGCUCCGUCCGCCAUCUUGGAUGCGGUGUAGAUAGGAUUUUUUCUACUUACGAAUUUUUAGAUAGGGUUGCUUCUACUUACGAAUUUUUUCUCCCAAUGCAUUCCUAUGGGAUUCGACUUACAAUUUUUUUCGACUUACAAAUGUGCGUUCGGAACGCAUUAAAUUCGUAAGUAGAGGUACCACUGUAUGUUGCUAGCAGGGACUGUGCUUUGAAAAUGUCAGUCCUGUGGGUGUGAUAUUUUGGGGAGAGGCUCUAGGCAGGCAGUGCACACAGAAGGGAAGGUGGUUAACUUUUUACCAUUGCCCCAAUCCUGGUUGCUGGUUUGUUUGUUUUCCCGCAGCCCCCAAUCAGCUACUGGCUAUGAAUAUUUCCAUCUCAUAUAGCUGACAUAUGAAGGUGAGAGAAAUACUUCAGCUCAAAAGUAACAUUUGGUUAAAAUAGGAUAUUGGGCCAUCUUGACUUUGGUAGAAAUCGUUGUUUUCCAAAGUGGGUGGACUUGGAAUCAAGUAAUGGGUGGGCUUAGAAUAAUGCUUGUAGUUUAUACUGGCUGCAAAUUGACCGCCUCAAGUCUGCUGUUUUCCAAAACCUGCAGAUCUUGACUGCUGGAAGAGGAGAACUAUCAGACCUUCUGGGCGGCGGUUGUGUGUGCGUUGUGUACAAUUUUAUAUAAAGAUUUAACUCAACAUAGCGAAAUGUCUUGAGUGAAAAUGUUUAACUAGUAAAGUGUAACUUCUUAGGUGAAACUGACCAUGCUGUAUUUCUAGGGGUUUGGGAAAUGGCACUCUGGGAGACCAAUUUGCCCCCAUUAAGGGUGGAGGUUAAGAGGCACUUUGCUGUAGUGUUUUGGUCUGCGGGUAGCAUGUUGGCAUAGGACCAAUUAUAAGUAGCUUUGGUAACAUUUACGGCAGGAGUAGGGAACCUUUUUCACGCAAACGUCCAGGAGCCACAUGCCACAGUGGUGUGGGGCCAGAGGCAAAAGUAGGCGGAGCAAUGAAUGAAUUUUGCCUUUAUAUAGUAGGCCUCUUUCUACACCCACCCAGACCGCUCUCUAUUCUAAAUCCUGGCAGCCAAGAGGCAUUUUCAGAUUUCAAGGAAACAUUCCAACUAGGCAAAUCACUCAAGGAGGGUAUGAAGUAGGGCUGGUGAGAUGUGUGCCCCAAGGAGAGGAGAUACGGCUGAGGAAGGGGUGGUCUGCCUGGGGAGAUUCCCAUGAACCCAGGCAGAGAGGCCUGGGGCUUGAAGUUCCUCACCUGCAAUUUUUGGCAAGGUUGCGCAAUUCUCGCUCUUCUGAAGUGCUUGGUUUCCGAGCAUCUGUUAAUUCCCCAAUGCCUUUGUUAAUUUGGUUUGAAGAGUUAGCCUUUUCUUUAAAAAGCAUUAAAGAACAGAUAGUUCACUGCAAUGCAAGGACACAUUUUAAAGACAGCCCCAAAUUCUUGGACAGGUGCAAUUCAGAGAGUUCUUGACUGGUUAAACAAAAUUCUUGAUAACGCCUGGAACCUCUUCCUGCUUUUUGGUAAAGAAAAAAUUGGUGCUGCUUCUAGUCAGAAGAAGGCAUGGUGCAAUGAAGAAUGCCCUGAACAUGUUCUCAACACUUUUCCUCACUUCCUGUCAGUUGUGAACAGGAGCCCCCACCCCAAAACUUACAGACACAAUAAAUCAUCCAGCACUUGAAGAAACAAAUUCUGCGCAUAGUGUAAAUGUAUCUGUACAGGAGUGCUAGACCAUUUCUUCCCCUCCAGAUGUUUUUGACUACAACUCCCAUCAGCCCCAGCUAGCAUGUCCAAAACAUCUGGAGGGAACUAGUUUGGGGAAGGCUGUUAGACAGUUCUGCACUGGUACACACAUGCUGAACCGGGCUCUGGCAACCUGGGGCAGGUGUCCUAGGGACAAGCUAAAGGGAGGCAUGGCUAGAGAAAGCGACUCCUUCAGUACAGCUGCUGGCUAGCAGGCGUUGCUUCCUAAGAAAACAACACUGGCCCACCCAACUCGCUUGCAGAGAUUAUUUCGCAAUAAUAGCAGCAACAAGUUCCUGAUCUGCAAGUAUGGAGAAGGAGCCGUUUGGUUUCCAGUACCAGUUAUUUUGACACAAGCAAUGUUGGGCCAAACCAACCAUGAAGAAACAGGCUAGAGCAGUGGUUCCCAACCUUUUUUCUCUGGGCCACACUUUCAAGAUAAAAACUUAACAGCCACACCUUGUUCCUUCAUCGGGUAAUAUGCACAUAUAUGCCAUUUUGGCCUCACUCCGGAAAGCAGGCUUCACGACUACUGGCCGGGGCUGAUGGGAGCUGUAGUCCAAAACAUCUGGAAGGCUUCUCUGCAGCAUGUCACUAUGUCUUUCCCCAUAGAACGGAACGAAAUAGUUAGAUUCUAUUGGUGUAGUGCUUCAGUUCAAACAGUUUUGAUGGGCUUUAGGUCCUGUCUCCUGAAACAUAGGUGUCACAGAGGAUGCGUUGCGACUACUCUAGAGUAACGACUCUCCAGACGGUUGCCUUUUCAUGCUUUUAUUGUGUGCAGGCUAUUUACAGUGCUAGAGCUGUACAGGGUACAUGUUCUCAGUCUGACCCAGAACCCUGUAAUGGCGCUUCCCGCGUUUUCUUCCAACAUAAGAGUCUGGGCACCCCAAAUCUCCUUCCACGUUUCCUCCUGCGUAAUUCCGGAACCGGAGGGGAAAGGGGUCUCCUUUCCAUGUUUUCCUUCUCCCCCCUUUCCCCCCGCUCUCUCUUCCUCUCUCACGUGCAGUAGAGGCUCUGCUAUCCUGCCAGAGCCCUGUCUCCUACUUCCUCCUUCCCCACUGGACUCUUCCCCCUCCCCGCUGGCUCCGCUGCUGGUGGAAGAGCUGCUCCUCAAGAUGGGAGGGGGCUCUCUGUACUGUUUCCCCCUCACAAUAGGUAAUCCCGUAGAAUUCUAUCCAUGAUAUGUUAUCUGCUCAAUCAGAAUGAAUUAUAGGAGCCAAAAGUCAUACUGGCAACUAGGCAUUCCUUUUUCGCGACUGCAACCCUGGUUUAAGGAGCCAUUCGGCGCCGAGCUUAUAUAGCUGAAUUUCCAACACUGCGUUUCAUCCUUGCAACAACCCUAUAAUGUACAUUGGGCUGAGAGGCAGUGAAUGGCCCUCAAGGUCCCCUGGUGAGCUUCAUGGCUCCGUGGGGAUUUGACCCUGGUCUUCAGGGUCCUAGUCUGACACCCUAACCACUAUACCGCUACUGGUUCUCUGCAAGCAAAGAUGCUGCUUCCCUUAUCCUAUCUGAAAAGCCAACAGGUACUCUCCCAUGUGCGCCCCAGUUGCCCCACAACGCUGCUUGUGGUUUUGUGGUUGUCGUCUCUUGGUAUGGAAGUUGGCAUGGCUGGACAUGGCAGAACAGAAAGUAAAUAGUACAGUAUGUACGCUGCUGCUGAGAAAAUCUUCAGGCUUUGUUUGCAGUUGCUCCAUGCAACCUUCUGUGCCUUGUGUGACGCUCACUUUCAGGAGACAGUUUCCGGGGGACUGGCAGGUGGAGCAGGCCUCCUCUAAAACAGCUCCGGCUUCAUUCCAAGAGCCCAUUCAUAGAAUCAAGAACCUUAGAAGGGACCCAGUGGGGUCAUUUACCCUGAUCCCUUGCAAUGCAGUGUUAUCAGCACAGUGAAUGGGAGGGCAAGGAACGGCUCCUCUUUCAGACUUCGGAGCAACCCCUCUUCAGGGGCGUAAUCUAAAACCCGAAGUUAAAACUGCACUGUAACUUAAAAUCCUAAAGAACAGGAUGAAGGUCUCAUUCAGUAUUCAUGCGUUUCCUUUCCCAAGCAGUCAGGUUUCAUGUUAUACAUGUGGUGUGAAGCUCGCUAAUGUACCUUAAAGCACUAGGUUGUGCCCUGCUUAUUCACCGUUAUAAAAGAGGCAGUGUGGCUCAUCAGAUGUACAAACCAGGCGUGAUCCUUCAGGGGCAAUCUGUUGGGGGCUGAAUGCUGGCAGUGAGUUAGGCCAGAGCCAAGUGGACCACCUCGAUUUCUCUAACACCCACCCCAAUAGUGCCAGGAGAAGGAAGAUCAGUCUUGCCAGAGGUCUGAACUAAUAAUUGCAUGCAGAGGACAUCCCCGUUCCUUCCAUCGCUUCAUUAAUGUAAGAACGUAAGAAAAGCCUGCUGGAUCAGGCCAGUGGUCAGUCAUGCCCAGAAUCCUGUUCUCACAGUGGCCAACCAGAUGCCUGUCGAAAAUCCACAAGCAGGAUUCGAGCACAAGAGCAACUCUUCCCCUCCUGUGAUUUCUUGCAGCCGAUAUUCGGAAGCUUUGCCGCCUCCCAACUGUGGAAGCAGAGCAGAGCCUUUAUAGCUAGUAGCCAGUGGAGCCAUCUCCUCUAUUGAUUUGUCUAAUCCUCUUUUAAAACUGUCCCAAGUCUGUGGUCAUGACUGCCUCUUGUAGGAGGGAGUUCCAUAGUUCAACUAUGUGCAGUGUGAAGAAAUGCCUUCUUUUUUUCUGUCCUGAAUCUUCUAACACUUAGCUUUGUUGGAUGUCCACAAGUUUUAGUCUUACGAGAGAGGGAGAAAGACGUCUCUGCAUUCUCUAUGCAAUAGCACAAUUUUUAUGAAUUUCUAUCAUGUCCACCCUUCCUUUUCUGAACCUACAGCACUGCAAUAUCCUUUUUAAGUUGUGGCUAUUAGAACUAUACACGAUAUUCCAACUGCAGUUGCCCGAUAGGUUUGUAUUAUGGCAAUAUAAUACUGACAGUUUUUAUUUUCAGUCCCUUUCCUAAUGAUCCCUAGCAACAGAAAGCAACCAUAAAGAGUGAGAUUUCUAAGAAUACUUCAGAAUGGAGAGCGGAUGUGGGGGUGGAAUGGGAAAUUGGCCUUCGUAUCCUUUGUCUUGGUUUCGUGUCCAUUUUCUAAGAUGCUUCUUUGCCAAGUUUUUUUUAAAUAAUAAAAAUAAUAAAACACACACAAAACACUGCAGUUGCACUGUAUAAAAAGAAUCGGAACGCUAAAAGCUAACAAUCCAUUUUCUUUGUAAUAACAAAGGCUAAUUAGCCUUUAGUACCAGCAAUUUUGGUAAGAUUACUGAUGGGGUUACAUAACUGUAAGCUUAUGUUACAAGGCUGUGUGGGUAGAAAAAUGCAGGUGCUAAAAAUUACCUGUUCUUGAACUGUGAUAAAAUUCAGUGAAAACAUAAUGCGAAAAUACAGCUUUUGUGUUCAUUGAGCUGUGCGCAUAGCUUAAAAUGCUUGAGAACCUAACGUCGGGUGGACAAUAUGAGAGAUGGAUGGGGCCAUCCUCUGGUGUGGUCCAGAAAAAACUUUGACCAAACCUGUGGGUUCCAUCUGAUGCUGAUGGCAGACAUCCGUUUGUGCAACAGAACUCUCCCCUCUCCUCUCCCCUGCAGCCCUCCUUCCCAACAUCUUCUCCAGAAGGCUGGAGGACUUCCUGGAGCAGAUUUUGAGGGUGCCCAUGGAGAGGAAAGGGAAGUCCCUUUGUUCAAGUAGAACUCCCCAGGCUCAGUGUCUGGAUGCAACUCCAUUUGUUUACCCAGACAUGCAAACAGAAUUUGGGUUGUUCUGAAAUGCGGGUACCAUAUCCUUAAUUCCUCAAGAGCUCUACUGCUGGCGGAGGGGCGGGGGGAGUGUUCCAAGCCCUGCGGGCUUCAAACCCUUUUACAGCAUUUUUCAUCGCUUAGGUGGGGGAAGCAGAUGACUGCUGUGGAGGCCUCAGACUCCACAGGUGCUGUGCUUGUGCACAUGAAUGCUCAAUCCAGGGAGGCUGGAGGUGGCUUGUAUGGAGGACUCUUGAAGGCCUCUGUGGAGCCAUACAGUUCACUCUGUGGUGUGGAAAUAAUAAUAAUAAUAAUAAUAAUAAUAAUAAUAAUAAUAAUAAUAAUAAUUUAUUAUUUAUACCCCGCCCAUCUGGCUGGGUUCCCCCAGCCACUCUGGGCGGCUUCCAACCAAAUAUUAAAAUACAGAAAUCCAUCAAACAUUAAAAGCUUCCCUAAACAGGGCUGCCUUGAGAUGCCUUCUAAAGGUCUGGUAGUUGUUCUCUUUGACCUCUGGUGGGAGGGCAUUCCACAGGGUGGGUGCCACUACCGAGAAGGCCCUCUUGGUAGAAUAGAUGGGUGUGCCUCUCCGAAAGCCAAACUCUCUAGAUUUUGCACGACAUGAUAACACAGUGAAUUGGGCAAUAACCGAGGCAAGGAUAUGGGAUUGGACUGGUUUGUCUAGCUAUGGAGAGUGACCAAAGAGUUCUGCUCUGCUCACUGUGGCAGGCAUCCUCCAAACAAUUCAGUAGCACCCCUUAAAUUAAAGUUUUCAAGUUAAUCGUGGAAUCAUUAUGAGUUGGAAAGGACCACAAAAGUUAUCUAGUCCAACUGCCUGCAAAGCAGGAAACUUUUGCCCAAUGUUGAACUCAAACCCAUGAGCCUGAGAUUAAGAACCCCAUGAUCUAAUGUUCCAAGCCUCUUCCCUAUGCUGCUCUAUUUAUUCCCCAAAGACUGCUUCCAUUGAUGCAUUGAUGUGGUUUUUAUGUUGAUCUUUUCUGUGAACUCCCCUGAGACCUCCGGGUAUAAGGCGCGGCGGCGGCAUAUAAAUUCAAUAAAUAAUAAUAAUAAUGCAUAACAGCCUGAGAAUUGCCGCUUGUCGGAUGAGCAUUUGGCUGAAGGUUGUGGCAGUAUAACUGGAGGCUGCUAAGCUGUGCUCUUGAUUCCAGAGAAGAACUGUCAAGGGGGGCACCUGCUCAGAAGGUGGCAGAGAUCAAGUUUGUGGGCAAGGAUAGCCUGAACCAAGAGGCUUCCACUUCCGUUAGGAGGGAUGUUGGUAGAAGUUGACAGAUGAUGACAUGUGGAAAUGCAAGAAGUGACCAUUUGGAGAGAGGUGUGGUGGACAUUGCAGGCGCCUCCAGACUGCAUUUAGACCAGAGAGCACUGAGUGCUCUGGAGAGUAGCACUCAAACCCUUGGCUUCAAGUUACAAGAAAGGGGACUCCCACUAAACAUCAGGAAAAACUUUCUGACAGUAAGAGCUGUUUGACAGUCUCCUUCGGGCGAUUGUGGACUCUCCUUCCUUGGAGGUUUUUAAGCAGAGGUUGGAUGGCCCUCUGUCAUGGAUGCUUUAGUUAAGAUUCCUGCAUUGCAGGGGGUUGGAGUAGAUGACCCCUGGGGUCCCUUCCAACUCUACAAUUCUAUGAUUCUAUGAAUAGGGGGAGGGAAUAUAUUUUUAAAAAUAAAAAAUUGUCCAGUAGCUUCUUCAUGCACACAAAAGCUCAUACAAAAGCUUCAUGCACACAAAAGCUCAUACCAAGAACAAACUUAGUUGGUCUCUAAGGUGCUACUGGACGAUUUUAAAUUUUUUAUGCUUUUAUCUACUGCGUCAGACCAACACGGCUACCUACCUGAAUCUAGGGGGAGGGAGACAGUCACAUCAGGGGCCACGCUCGAAGCUGUCGUAAGUGACUCCUGAGACGCGUCAGCCUGCAUUUUUUGUCACUAGCCAGUCAGGUUGCAAUGCAAGUUCAGCAGUCAUAAGAACAUAAGAAAAGCCUGACUUCUGGAUCAGACCAAAGGCCCCACCCAGCCCCGUACUUACAGUGGCCAACCAGAUGCCCAUGGGGCUCCCACAAGGAGGUUCUGGGCACACCAGUUGCUCUUCCCACCUGUGAUUCCACCUCUUCAAGAUCUCUUCCUGUUCUAAGUUCUGAUCUUUGAGACCAGUGUCAGGCGUGGGUGUUUCCGACUUCAAGUUUUCCUCCUCCGCCUGAUUUCUCUCCCCUCCUGUACCUCCUUUCCUCUAGCAGUAGCUACCGAUGGAGGAACACACGGUGACGCAGGCGGACCACAUGGCCACCAUCGAGGCCCACGCGGUGGCCCAACAGGUGCAGCAGGUCCACGUGGCCACGUACACGGAGCACAGCAUGCUCAGCGCGGACGAAGACUCGCCCUCUUCCCCCGAGGACACCUCCUACGAUGACUCGGACAUUCUCAACUCCACGGCUGCUGAUGAGGUGACCGCCCACCUGGCCGCUGCAGGCCCUGUGGGAAUGGCAGCUGCCGCUGCUGUAGCAACGGGCAAGAAAAGGAAACGCCCUCACGUCUUUGAGUCCAACCCAUCAAUCCGCAAGAGGCAGCAGACGCGUUUGUUACGGAAGCUUCGUGCCACGCUGGACGAAUACACCACCCGCGUAGGGCAGCAGGCCAUCGUCCUCUGCAUCUCGCCCUCCAAACCCAACCCUGUUUUUAAAGUGUUUGGCGCAGCACCGCUAGAGAACGUGGUGCGCAAGUACAAGAGCAUGAUCCUGGAAGACCUGGAGUCCGCUCUGUUGGAACAUGCACCUGCGCCGCAAGAGGUUAACUCUGAGCUGCCACCGCUUACCAUCGACGGGAUUCCGGUCUCUGUGGACAAGAUGACCCAGGCACAGCUACGGGCCUUCAUCCCCGAAAUGCUGAAAUACUCGACGGGCCGUGGCAAGCCGGGCUGGGGGAAGGAGAGCUGCAAGCCCGUCUGGUGGCCCGAAGACAUCCCGUGGGCCAACGUCCGCAGCGACGUCCGGACCGAGGAGCAGAAGCAGAGGGUGUGUGUUGAUGAAAGUCCUCUUGCUUCAGCAAAGGGCUCUGACUUGGGAAGCAAGGAGCAUUGCGAGAGCUCGAGGACACAUCACAGCCAGGUGUCUUGGACUCAGGCACUGCGGACCAUUGUGAAAAACUGCUACAAACAGCACGGCCGCGAGGACCUGCUCUACGCUUUUGAGGAUCAGCAAACACAGCCUGCAACAGCAACACACAGUAUAGCACACCUGGUCCCGUCCCAAACCGUGGUCCAGACCUUCAGCAAUCCUGACGGCACAGUCUCUCUCAUCCAGGUUGGCACAGGAGCUACGGUAGCCACCUUGGCAGAUGCCUCUGAAUUGCCCACCACUGUUACUGUCGCACAAGUCAACUACUCUGCAGUAACCGACGGAGAGGUGGAACAGAACUGGGCAACGCUACAGGGCGGAGAGAUGACUAUCCAAACCACCCAGGCCUCAGAAGCCACGCAGGCAGUGGCAUCCCUGGCAGAAGCUGCGGUGGCGGCAUCGCAAGAGAUGCAGCAAGGGGCAACAGUCACCAUGGCCCUCAACAGCGAAGCAGCCGCCCACGCCGUCGCCACGCUUGCAGAAGCCACCCUCCAAGGCGGGGGCCAGAUUGUCUUGUCCGGUGAAACUGCAGCAGCCGUCGGCGCGCUCACCGGGGUUCAAGAUGCGAACGCUCCUGUUGCCCCAGAGGAAGCGGGGAGCGAAGCCCCUGCUGACCCCGUGAGCCUCACUUGGGGCGUCCCCAUGGCACACUCCUACAUCAUCUGGCCCGCAGGAAACGGCAUGGAAAGGACCUUGGCAUCCCUUUUAAGCUAAGGACUGAGAUGGGUUGGACAGAGCUGCCGGUCCCAGUCCCCCCCGAGCCCUUCUACCUUGCUCAUCCAUUCAGAAAUGAAAUGGUUUCUGUCCAAGAGGGUUGACACGCUGGUCAGAUGUUGCCAGCUUGAAGAAGGCCUAUGAUUUGACCUUGGUCAAAUACUGUCAAAUAUUCUGAGAAUGCCAACUUAUUGGUGGCAGCUCAAGAUCCCCCCCCCCAAGUUUUGUGAUGAUGCCCAUAUCUUUGCAAUGGCAGGUAUAGGGACUCCGCCCCCCCCCAUCCUUGCAGCAGCCAGGAGCAGACUCAGCGUUAUAUUAAAGCUUCUUUUUGGUCACCAGCUAGAACAGCCAGCGGCUUCUGACAAGGAUGCCAGCCAUCUUCAGAUGGAAACAGCCACCCGCUGACUCCCAUUUUGCUUGCUGCAGGGAACGCAGGCUGCUUCCCCCCCUUUCCCACGUGGGUCUGCUUUCUAUCAGCCUGGAAAUAUUUUUAAGUUUUCAAAAAGUCAGUUGCAUUGUUUCGCAGUAACGGUUAAUGGCUUUGGGGGUUCUUUUUUUUGUAAUUAGUGUGAGCAUCAAAAUCUGUAGAUGAUAAAAAAUACCCUUUCUUUUUUGUUGCUGUUGUUGUAAUAAAGUGAAUGCUUGAAAAAAUAUUUGACCAGCCAGGUGACCAAGUCUUUCUUUUUCUUUCAAAUCCUUCACAUACCAAGCUCUUGACAUUCAUGAUAAAGGGUUGUAUUGCUGGCUUUCUGCCCUGCAUGCCCUUCCAUCCCCAUGCCAUUUCUUCUCCCCUACCAUUGCUCUAAUUUUGGGUGGCAUUAAGGGUUCGGUGCCCCUCUGGCUAAGCUAGGUUGGGUGCUGGGGAGCCCUUGGGAGCAUUGUGCCAUGUAGUGUUCUUACAUAACUGGCAGAUCGCUUUCCCUUCACCCGGUGGGUGGGCAGCGCCAGGAGACUCUUGGCAAUCACACGGAGCACAACUGCUCAGCAUCCCGGCUCAUGCAUGCUUGGAUGUUUUUUUGCGUUUUGACUUCUGGGCAGGCCAGUCCUCUCCCACCCGACACCCAGGGAAGGAUCUGCCCGGUUACAUGGGCGUCAGUUCCCCGGCGUAGCCAAUCAGGGACGCUUCGUUAGCGUGGAACUCGGUCGGCGUAGAAGAUUAAGGGGGGAGCAAUCUGAUUGGUCACAAAGAGCUGAGGGAGGUGGGAGGGGGAAGGAGGGCGAAGAGCCUUAGCGAGCGGCGGAAUUAACCAGCCAAUUCAUUCUGCCCUAGAUUUGAUGCAGACGAAUGGGCUCGUUCAUCAUCCUAUUACAUAUGCCUCCGGGCUGUCCUUCGCCUCUUAGCAAGAGCUUUGCCAAAGUUCAGUAAUCCGGACGUCCUUUCCUGCAAGGAAAUAGCCGUAUCUGUUACCCGUAUUGCCGCUGGCUAGUGGAGGCCGGCCGAGCACCCCUCCCUGGUCAUAAAGUGAGUGGGUGGCAGAAGGCAGAAGGGAUGUUCUUCAAGGGUCAGAUACUGGAAUAUUUUGGACACCAGAUUCAACUGAUAAGAGGAGAGUUGCAGGGGCUUUGUCCCCCUAGCCCUUCUCCCGUUAACCCCAGUCGAUGGAGAUCGGCUGUGGUUGCUUCACCACCUCACGUGUCCCUAGCCUUAGCUCUGGCACUGAAAUCAUGUUUCGGGGUGAGCCUGAACAACCUGCUUGCAGAGGGGCAGGGGCUCCCCUGAGCAGAACUGAGUGUUCAAGUUUGGUGGCAAAUUCAUAGCGGGGGGGGGGCUCUCAGUGGCUACUGGCCAUGGUGGCUGUGGUCUCCCUCCACACUGGGAGGCCGUCACGCUUCUGAAUACCAGUUGCUGGAGACCACAGGAGGAGAGAAGUUGCUCCUGUGCUCGGAUCCUGCUUGCAGGGCAUCUGAGAACAGGGUGCUGGACUAAGUGGGCCACUGGCCUGAUCCAGCAGGCUCCUCUUGUGUCCUUACAUUCCUAUUCAAUCCAAAUUCUGCACCAAUCAAGGAUGAUUUCUGUGAACCUGCAUGGAUUAGGUACACUGACAGAACGUGCACAAUUCGUCUUGUUUCCUGAUCUCCGAUUCUAGAUUUGCUAGUUGUGGGUCAGGGGCUUUGCUGCUCACUGAAGCCACGGAAAUCCCACCCAGCCCUCUUCCUGCCCUACUGAGAUGCCAACAGCAGUCACACAGCCAUAAGGACUAGGGGCUUGAUUCUUUAAAUAAUGAAUAAGGCAGUUGACAUUCUCAGAAAGCUGAAUUCUGCAAACUGGAUGUUUUAUCCCCCUGCCCCCCCAGUGGAACUGCAGAUACAAUCCUGACUGUCCCAGAAUGUCACUUCGUCUCAGUGAUCUAUCAGAUGCCAAGCCCAGGAGGUCAUGUGACCAUCUCUUCCUCCUCUCUCUCUCUCUCUCUCUCUCUCUCUCGUUGCUUUUGGGAUGGCCUGGGAAGAUUAACUGUGGUGUGUUUGGAGUGGGGAGGCCAGGGAAGCAGAGCGCAGCUGGGCCCCCGCCACCCUGGCAACAAAGAGCUUGCGCUUGCAGUUUGGCGCAACAACCUCCAGCCCCCUCCUGCGAGGUGAACGCUGCCGACGGCAAACCCAAGCCCACCACUUGGUGUGCUUCUGCUGGUCGUCCUAGACUGCUCCUGGGCAUUCAUCCUUGCCAAUAGGAACUGUGCAUGUGCUUCUUAUGUCUGCCACGGGGGCCCAUCGCAGGUAUUGCCACGCUCGGGCAGGACUGAAGCCAGGCUGCUGCCUAGGCUGGGCCUGACGUGUGCCCGCCUGUCUACCGGCUGGGACUGAGAGAGCGUGGCAGCAAACUCUGCCCCGUGGCACUGACUAUCUCCUCCUGAUCUGGAUCAGUGGGGCUGGAGCCCUGCAGGCGGAUCGCGCCAGAGGCCAUUCCAGCCCAGCUUCCUGCUCCCUCGGGGACCAGCCAGAUACCAAAACAGAAAGCCCUCUUGCUGGACCCCAUGGCAUCCCUCCCCAUUGAAAGGCAUCCUGUCUCCAAUGGUGGAUGGCAUAUCCGGGCAUGAGCAGGACUCUGUUUCGCUCGGCCUUGCAUUCCCCACCUGCAAUUUGCGAAGGGUACUCCCGGUCCCUUGUGAGAGAUUUUACUUUCUUGGGCUCCUUGAUCACUGCAGAUGGUGACAGCAGUCACGAAAUUAAAAGACGCCUGCUUCUUGGGAGAAAAGCAAUGACAAACCUAGGCAGCAUCUUAAAAAGCAGAGACAUCACCUUGCCGACAAAGGUCCGUAUAGUUAAAGCUAUGGUUUUCCCAGUAGUGAUGUAUGGAAGUGAGAGCUGGACCAUAAAGAAGGCUGAUCGCCGAAGAAUGGAUGCUUUUGAAUUAUGGUGCUGGAGGAGACUCUUGAGAGUCCCAUGGACUGCAAGAAGAUCAAACCUAUCCAUUCUUAAGGAAAUCAGCCCUGAGUGCUCACUGGAAGGACAGAUCGUGAAGCUGAGGCUCCAAUACUUUGGCCACCUCAUGAGAAGAAAAGAAUCCUUGGAAAAGACCCUGAUGAUGGGAAAGAUUGAGGGCACUAGGAGAAGGGGACGACAGAGGACAAGAUGGUUGGACAGUGUUCUCGAAGCUACCAACAUGAGUUUGACCAAACUGCGGGAGGCAGUGGAAGACAGGAGUGCCUGGCGUGCUAUGGUCCAUGGGGUCACGAAGAGUCGGACACGACUAAACGACUAAACAACACACUCCCGGUCCCUUACAGAGAGGAAUACAUUGGCCCUCUAAAGCAUUACAUAAAUGAGGCGUGCCAGCAUGCUACCCUCCUUUGCCUUGCAGUUCUUAGAGAAGCUUGCGGCACCUCCUUUGCUCCCCCCCCCUUCCGCCCUGCAGCUCCUUCCUUCCCUGCUGGGAGCCCUGACAUCCUCUCCCAUUAAUGGGGCCGAUCAGUCGCUCCCUCCAGCUGUCACAGGCGAUGGCAUCUAUUUUUUUAAAUGUGUGUGUGUGUGUGUGUGUGUGUGCGUGUAUAUUCCCUUUAAAGCGCAGGAUCGUUUUUACCUUCCACGUGGCCUGAAUUAGGGGAAAUGGACAGGAGGGACUGGGCCUGUUUAAAAAUUAAAGCUGAUUACAAGGCAUUAACGUUGCAUUUAAAGGAAUAGAUGGCCGUCCUCGGGUGCUCACCGCCCGCUCCAAUAUGUUCCCUUCUGCUCUGCGCCAAGGAAUAGCAGCCUGCGCUGUUAGCGGGAGGAGAAGCUGGCAGCCAUUUUGGGCCUUAGCAAGUGGGAGGCCUCAGAAAGCGCUUUGGAGGUUUUUUUGGGGGGGCGCUGUCCCUGCACAGUUGAAAAUCUGGUCCUCUCUCAGCAGCUAGAGGGGCUUUAUUUACACGCUGCCUCAAGUCAGAUCACUGGGUCCUCCUUCCUGCAGCGCAUGAUUAAAACCGUGUCUGCUCCAGAGAAGCGGACACGGAGCAAUGGAUUCAAGCUACAAGAAAGAAGAUUCUACCUAAACUUCCUGACAGUAAGAGCUGUUCAACAGUGGAAUUUGCUACCAAGGAGUGUGGUGGAGUCUCCUUCUUUGGAGGUCUUUAAGCAGAGGCUUGACAGGCAUAUGUCAAGAAUGCUUUGAUGGUGUUUCCUACUUGGCAGGGGGUUGGACUGGAUGGCCCUUGUGGUCUCUUCCAACUCUAGGAUUCUAUGAUUCUAUGAAAACUGUGGAACUCACUGCCGCAGGAGGCAGGGAUGAGAGAAAUUAGUGGAGGAAAGGGCUAUCAGUGGCUACUAGCCAGGUUGGCUGCGCUCUGCCUCCGCGGUCAGAGGCAGCGACGCUUCUGAAUCCCGCAGGAGCGGAGAGUGUCGCUCUUGUGCUUGAACCCUGCUUGGAGGUUUCUCAGGGGCAUCUUGUUUGGCCACUCUGAGAACAGGAUGCUGGACUAGAUGGGACACUGGCCUGCUUCAUCCAGCAAGCUCGUCUUCACAUUCCUUGCACUUUCUGGAGAUUCUCCACAUCUUAAAAGGGGUGGUGGGGAGCCCUUUCCUAGCAGGGCAGGGAAAGUUGGCCACUCACGCUGCCAGCUUGUAGGAGAAUGGCAAUAUCAGGAACGCAGGCUGGGAGAGGAAUGCUUUUGCCCCGGUGAACCGGCCUUGACUGCCGCCUGCAUUCUGUGACUUGGUUUCAGCCGCUGCUACUGCCACCACUCAAGACAUUUUAGGUGACUCGUUUAUACCGCAUCAGCCUUUCGUUCUCCGCCGCCACGUCACGAUAAUCGCAGACAUUUCUGCUGAGAGGGGAAGCAUUGGAGAUCAGGAACAUGCUCUCAUCUUCCCUCCGUGGACAGCAGUUGUCCAAGGAGCCAGGUCACUGGCACGUGAGCUAAAGCUGCAGCUUUUGAGUUGAUUGAUUGGUUAAUCAACUCAAAUCCUUCUGUGUUGUGCAGGCCUAAGCUUCAGAAGUCGGUCUCGCUAAGUUCAAUGUUCGCGAGUUUAAUAUUGUAGCCCAAAACGAUGCUUCCCCACUCCAGUUAGCAAAAGACAGAAGAGAGAAUUUUCCUGCUCCACUUCUCACACAAGAGCAGGGAUGGAAGAGGAUUAGAAUGCACCUUCCAGACUAAUUCAGAGAUCUGAAAGCAGUUAUGCGCCUCUGAAUUUUGUGCUAUGGUGCUCAUUUCAAAAAAUUUACUGGGUGGCAUUAAAAAACACCACAUGUAUUAAAGUAAAGUACAUUUUUAAAUGUGUACAUUGUAUAUGUUGAGAUAAAAUAAUACAAAACACAUAUAUUGUGAUAAAAUAUAUAUUUAAAUACAGAGGGUUGAAAAAAAGUUGAGAGAUUAUUGUGGAAAUGGGAUUGAACAGAGCCCUGCAGAAUUCGCCCUGGGCAGGAUUCAUCCAUUUCUGCACAAGGGGGAAUACGUCUUCUGAGAUGGCACCCACUAUGCAUAAAAAUCUAUGUGCCUUUUCUUUCUUCAAAAGUGAAGAUGAUGCAAAUAAUAAUAAUAAUAAUAAUAUUUAUAAUAAUAAUAUUUAUAAUAAUAAUUUAUUAUUUGUACCCCGCCCAUCUGACUGGGUUACCCCAGCCACUCUGGGCGGCUCAUAUAAAACUCAUAUAGUGGAUUGGUUUUAACAUUUUGUUGGUCAAUCUUAACAUCAAUGUUUUUAUAUUGCUUCUCCUGUUCGCCAUUUUCCUUCCCACUACAAUAAUUUGACUGGAGAAUGACUGAGGAAUUUGUAAGCGUGCUUCUGUUGAAAUUCUCACUGCCCAGGUAGACUAGCUGUUCUGAAAAGUGUUACGUGUUUUUAGUAACUGCUAAUACAACGUGCAGUCAUAGAUGAGUUGCGAUUUAGCUGUGAUUCCUACUUUGCAGGGGGUUGGACUAGAUGGCCACCCUGGUCCCUUCCAACUCUACAAUUCUGUGAUUCUAUGCUUGCCAGUUCUAAGAUGCAGCUGCCUCUAAUCUAGUUGCGGUAUUGCUUAGUGCUGCCUUGGCCUUCCCUGCCCAAGCCCUGUUUCGAAUGGGAUUCGAGAGAAGCCCAACACAGAUAAAGGAGAGCGAUAAAGGGCACGCAUCAAAAAUGCCUGCAUGUUGCAGCCGCGCGUCAUCUCCUUUCUCCAUGAAUACCAAUGCCACUUUCCUCGUGUCUCUUGGGUGCAACUCAGGAGGCAAAUGGGGCAGAGAGGGAGGCUGGUGAAGUUUGCCAGCAUUUGCUUUAGCCUUUGAUUGGAUGGGUGGCUAAGGACACGAAUGUGCUGGCAUUUCUCUGGCGCAUGGUGCCAGGAACUGAGCAGCAGCUCUGUAGCCCUUCUGGCUGCAAACCCUGCCCCUUGAUGCUCUGGGGAGGGCAGUGCCUCGCCUGCCUGCCUGCCUGCCUUUUUCUCCUCUCCCUCUCCAGCCCCACAUCUCCCAGUGACCUUCUCAGUCCCGGGGACAGCUUGGCUUUGCUGGGAAGCGGAUCAUGUGACUGCAGUAAUCCGUAGCCGGUAAACAGCUGCGCGGGGAGCUUGCAGGAAGAAUCGGCCUCUUUCCACCCCACAGACACACACGCAAGCACACGCGCCCCUUGGCCUGCAUAUUCUGAUCUGAGAAGAGGCCAUGGGGCAGCCAUCACUGUGUGGAGGUCACUGUAUCUGUGCCUCUGAGGUGGUCGUGCCGGACAUAGGAACCUAGACAGCUGUCUUUAUAGCAAGCCAGGCCAAUGGUCCAUCUUGCUCAGUAUUGUCUGCACUGACUGGCAGCCGAUCUCCAGGGUUUCAGGCAGGAGUCUCUCCCAGCUCCAUUGGGGAGAUGCCGUUGGGGAUUGAAGCGGGACCUUCUGCAUGCAAGGCAGAUGUCCUAGUACUGAGCUACAGGCCCUUCCCCAUCUUGCACUCAGGCUCGCUUUUCUCCGUAGCCGCUAGCCGCAAUAACUUGUUGCUUUGUUAAAUUUCCCCAUUUCUGGGUGCUAAUUCCUUACCCCAGCCCAAGACAGGAAGAUUCCCAGCAGAUCGAGCCAAAAGGUCUAUCAGAUAUGCUCUGUCUAGGUGAGCUUUCUGUCUCCUGCCACAGGCACUCGGGUGGGAAGCUCGUAAGCAAUGAAUUGCAGCCAGUUCCUCUCUCUCUUCUCCUUUUCGUUAGCCAUUGUUUUCGGGUAGGUCUCUUGAGCAACUCUGCCAAAUAGAGAAGAAAGGAGGUGAAAUGUUAGAGCUAGCGGGCAGAUUUAACAAGCCAUCAGCAUUCACCCAGAGUCCUCUAAAGAACUUGUUUUUAACAAAACAAAAUAAAAUGCUGAUUGGAAUUUAAAUCAAACUCCUUAGCAGAGGAUUAGGAGACAGCCAUUGUAACACUUGUUGCUUGAAAGGCAUCUAAGGAGGAAACAGGAAAUCAUAGACCUGUCGACAUAACGUCUGACCCAGGUUCAAUUGGUAGAAAGAAUCGUUAAAACCCACAGAAGAACAAGUCUUGUGGCAGAAGGAUCAGCAUGGCUUCUGCAAAGAGAAAUCCUGCCAGGAUUUUAGAUUUCUUUGCAGAGUGUGAACAAGCAGGUGGCGAGGGCUGAUCCGGUAGAUAUUUUACUCUUGGACUUUCAGAGAGCUUUUGAUGCAGGUCCUCAUCAAAAGCUCUUGCCUGAGCUUUAACUUCCAGAUCCAGCCAAAAUGCCAUGCGAGUUUGGCAAGCUUUCAGCUUCUCCAGAAGGCAUUAUGUCAGCGACACAAAGCAGGGGAAAAGUGGAAGGGAGGGCGAUGAGGAAAAACAUAACAAGCACAAAAUUACUCUGGAUGCUACAGCUACAAGCUCAGCUUGUAGGCUCGGUUCCAAGAUGGAGAUGGUUGGAUAAUACGUCCCUUUCAGGUGCUGCACCAAGGAUUCUGGGCUGAAGAAGUAAUGGCUGCCGCCUGUUUCCUUAAACACACAAGUUCCUAGGUAGGCUUCUCUCCCAGGCUUGAGUGGAGGACCCCCCCCCCAUAGGCUGCAGUUUGGGGCCUCAUUGAAACAACACAGGUUUCCGCCAGAGAAGUCGAGAGACAGGGCUAUCGGUGGGCACCAACCCUGUUGGCAACCUCUGCCCUCCACCGUCAAGAGGCAGCAAUUCCAGUUGCUCUUGUGCUCAGAUCCUGCUUGCGGUUUCCCAUAGGCAUCUGGUUGGCCCCUGCGAGAACAGGAUGCUGGACUAGGCGGGCCCAUGGUCCGAUCCAGCAGGCUCUUCUGAUAUAUCACAGUGUGCCACCCACAUCCCCCAAACCUUCCCCCUGGAGCGCCCGAAAUGGCCUCUCGCAGGGGCAGGUGGGAGCAGUUCCAUAGGAACCCCACGCCACAGUGUAUAGGCCAGCCUCCCCCCCCAACCUGGGGCCCUCCAGAUGUUCGGACUACGGCUCCCCUUCAGCUCCAAAACAUCUGGAGGACCUCAGUUUGUGGGGAGGCAUUUGCAGGCAUGCAGAAUGCUUUGAAUUCCAUCUUUGGGGCUGUUUUGAAUCGGGCAAGAGGGAGGCAUCAUUAACCAACGUAUGGGUGUUUGUAGGGUUUCGUCAUGGCCUUUGGCUACUGCCAUAAAAUCUUAUUUACCAAUGUAUGAAGCAUUGCUUUUUCUGAGUGCCUGGUCAGGGCUAGACAAGUAGCCUGGGGUGAAGCCCAAUUGGACAGUUUUGACGUGUACUUGUCUCUGUUCUUUGACCACACAAAUAGGGAAAUCAUCUACGAGCGACUCCUCCCGCAAUUCCUUGUUGUGGUUGGGCUAUUAUAUAAACUCACCUUGAAAUCUUGGCUACCUGUAACUGUGCUUCUGUCAUUUUCUUCUUCUUCUUUUGCACCAACUAUGCUCCGUGCAUGGCUCUGCCACUGUUGCUUAUGUGUUAAUAAUAAUAAGAAUUGUGUUUUUUUAUUUAAAAAAUCAGACAACCAUUGUUCACUCCGGUUAGUCACCGCCAGCAGCAGCAUGUUCUGAACGGACUGAAGUUUCUGGAAAGUUUUCCCAAGGACCACCCUGGUUACAGUCCCCCCCCCCCUAGAUUGCACCCAGAAUUCGAGCACCUUCCUUUGGGGCAGGGUGCCAUGCCAGGGAGCAGCGCCGGCAGCCCUACAAACGUGCUCUUCGCCCCCCCCCCACACACACACCCGCCCUUGCCCAAGUUGUGAGCAAAGGGAUUUUCUCUUUAAUACCAUUGAAAGGGUCCGAAAUCCCAAGCUUUAGAUUAACAUGUGGCAACUAGAUUAAGGCUAAUCAGAGGGGCAGAUGCCGUGGGGUGACAAUCCCAGGCCUGAUUACCAUAUCUCUGGGGCUUUAACUCCUCUCCCAAGGGCAGGCGGCUGUGCUCUGGGGUCCUGAAGGGAACUUGCCCACCUCUCCCCUUGCACCACUCCCCUUGCUCGCUUUCUCAGCGCUGAAGGCUGUUGCAUCUAAUGCUGGCGAGCAAUUCAGGAGCAAAGGACAUUUGUGUGUGUGUGUUCGUGUCCAUGCACAGACAACUCCCAGUUUUUAAGCCUCCAUGCUGUGCAUGAGGCGAAGCCAGGCUGAAUGCCAUAUUUAGCAAUGGUCUCGUUGCACAUUGACCUUUCUUGGUUUUUCCAUUUCCUUUGUUUUUCUUCUUUUCGCUCGCCUGUCCCUUUCCUUUCUCCAUCUCUCUCCUUUUAUCCCAGUUGAGAGCCCCAGGCUUGCAACCCAACGUGCUCUCUCUGCCCCAGUGACAAGGGGGCGAGUUUGGCCAUAUUUCAUUUCAUUCUUUCUUUUUUUUAAUGCAGCAACAGAACUCUGACUUUGGGAUGUUGAUAGGUUUGCUUGUUCAUGACCAGUCCUUCGCCCUAAGUUCCCAGGGCGGGUCACAACAUUAAAAAGAGUUUAAAACGACGUACAACCAGUGCUGUUUUUGCAAGGGGAUGCAUACCCCCUAAACAUUUCGUGAAUCUAAGUUUGGCCUCGUUGAGGGGCAGUAUUUCAAUAUGAGUAGGAAAAUGAGAGUACCCCUAAACAUUUUGGGGGGGGAGUCCUUGUGCUCACGUGAUUCCAGGAUGGGUCACAUGAGUCAAAUCAGCCUUUGCCAACCUGGUACCCCCCCUAAUAAUAAUAAUAAUAAUAAUAAUAAUAAUAAUAAUAAUAAUAAUGGUUUGAGAGGCCUGGGAAGCCAGGUUGUCCAAAUUCCAAUAAUAUGUUUGCAGCGAACCCCAAAUUAAGUUUCCUGCUGUUUUUAACCGAAUUAGCGUGUAGAAGUGUACAUUGCAUUCUGGCUUGGCUCUUCGGCUUCAUUUCCUCCAGAGUUGUUCCCCUCAUCACAUCUUUCUGCGACGUGCUUGAUCUCAGCUUGCCAGCGUGGACUCAGGACCUGGGAGAGACCAGGGUUCGAAUCCUCACUUGGCUGUGAAGCUCACUGGGUGACCUUGGGGGCUAGUCGCUGCCUCUUAGCCUAACCAACCUCAUCGGGUUGUCCGGGGGGGGGGUUAAAUGAGGAGCCAUUUAUACCAGCUUGAGCUCCUGGGAGAAGAAGAUGGGAGAAUGAAUGAAUGAAUGAAUGAAUGAAUCUGUGAUCUGAAUUAAAAUAAAAAAAAAUCCUUCAGUAGCACCUUAAAGACCAACUAAGUUUUUAUUUUGGUAUGAGCUUUCGUGUGCAUGCACACUUCUUCAGAUACAGUGAAAUGGAAGUUU